AAACCUACGCCGAGUACGUGAAAAGUGCUUUUCGCACACUGAAAUCCCAAACCGAACUCUCAAAUUCUGUGGUCAAUUUGGCAAAGAUGUCGAUCGUCCCAAACAAUGAGCGAGAGCGCAGUGUCUCCAAUCCCUCCUCCAGAGACCUGUGGGACGUCUUCCGGAGCUUCAGAGAGAACCACCUUCAGGACCCAUUCAGCGAUUUACCUUUCGCUUCUACACUCUCCACGCUCUUCCCUCACUCCCCGUUCGGGAGCUCGGUGAACACCAGGCUCGACUGGAGGGAGACCCCGAGAGCCCACGUGCUGAAGGCUUCUCUUCCGGGGUUCGUGGACGAGGACGUGUUGGUGGAGCUCCAAGACGACCGAGUGCUCCAGGUGAGCGUCGAGAGUAGCAAGUUCGUGAGCAGGUUCAAGGUCCCUGACGAUGCGAUGCUCGACCAGUUGAAGGCCUCGAUGCACAAUGGGGUUCUCACUGUGACUAUUCCGAAAGCGGAGGCGAGCAGGCCAACCGUUCGGACCAUCGAGAUCUCUGGCUAAAUAUGUGAUCUUCCUUUGCCCUGUCUGUCACUAUGUUUAUAUGUUGUGUGUGUGUGGGUUGUUGAAGGUUAUCGUGAGCUCCUCUGAGUUUGUUAUGAAGGUGUUUGAUAAAAUGCGUCUAAAGUUUGUGAUGUUUGUGUCGGUUCUUGUGAUGUUGACCUUUGCUUAGUGUGUCUUAAAUGGUUGUUGGGUUCUAGAAGAAAAUACACUAUGUUCUUAACAACAAUUGCUCUGUUUUCCAACUUCUAAUAUGUUAUUGCCACGCAUAGUGUAUA